GGAUGUCAACAAUAGGGGAGUGUCAACACUUCGUUGUUACAGAUUUUCCAAUGGAUUAACCGAUUUUUUAUAAUUAAUUAAUGUUAGUCACUCGUGUACCUUCUGAAACUAUGAGUGCGUUCUGUUGAUUCUACGCUAGUUUAGCUUGUGACGAAGACUUUCAACAUGAGGUCCGAUUCUCCUCUCUCCAGCGUCAACGUAGUGCUUGUUAUGGCCUACGGAAGUCUGGUGUUUGUGCUGCUGUUCAUCUUUGUGAAGAGGCAGAUCAUGCGCUUCGCCAUGAAGUCUCGUAGAGGACCACAUGUACCCCUGGGCCACAACGCUCCAAAGGAGCUGAGACAGGAGAUAGACUCUUGUCUGUCCAAGGUUCAGGAGAUCCGGUUUGAGCCACGCCUGCUGUCUGAACAUGACGACAGACUACAGAAUGGUGGUUGCUAUGACUACCUGUACAGAAUGAGGGCACUAGAUGCCAUAAGAGACUCUGAUAUUCCGUUCAGUGAGUUGGGAGGGACUCCCACAGCUGUGACAGGGAGGAGAUUCCGGGCCUGGCUUCUAGAUCUGAGGAAUUCCCAUUCCCUGUUCCGCAGCAGCCGCAGUUCCCUCAUAGACACACUGCUGGAGGGCUACCACAACGCUCGCCACGGCACCGGGGUGUUUGGAAAAGCAGAGUUAGUCAAAUACAAGGAAGCCCUGAACGAACUGGCCUCUGUUUAUUCCUCUCUCCCCAGUGUGAAGAGCCAGUCCAGCUCCAUCAGUCUGGACCAGCAUCACCAGUUGGCAGCUAAAGACCUGACCAGUACCCCAGAGCCUCCCCCCUCCUCUCCCCCCUCCCAGGUCACAUACCUGCCGUCAGCUGGGCAACGCACCAAACGACCAAAACACUUCCUGGAACUCAAGAACUUUAAAGACAAAUACAACACCUUGGAGAGCACAUUCUGAGAACUACAAUCUUCUAUGGCACAACAUGAGAAACUACAACUCCCUACAGCCCCGAGAACUACAACUCCCUAGAAAAAAACCUGAGAACUACAACAACUUCUCUGCUACCACUUUAAAUCUGUUUUGUUGCGAGUACUGGACUCACUUUUCCUUCUCUAUUUCCAAAGUAGAUAGGUAGUGAUAAGUAGAGAUACUGGAGGUGACAGAUAGUGGAGGUGACAGAUCUAUCAUGCAUCGCACAGAAUAUAUAGUGCACUAUAUUGAAGCUUAUUUCAUAUUAAACAUCGUUGUGAACUGUUGCACAGACUUUGCAGGUAGAUAAUCAUGUAGGGUUGCAGGUUGGGCUAUGCAAAAAGAGAAGAGACCAGACAAGCUACAUGCAGUUUCUAUGCAGAAUGCAUGAAUGCAGGGUUUCCCAAACUCGGUCCUGGGGACCCGAAGGGGGGCACGUUUUGGUUUUAGCCCUAGCACUACACAGUUGACUCAAAUAAUCAACUAAUCAUCAAGCUUUGAUUAUUUGAAUCAGCUGUGUAGUGCUAGGGCAAAAACAAAAACGUGCACCCCUUGGGGUCCCCAGGACCGAGUUUGGGUCCUGGGGUAGACUUCUUUAUAGUGUGUUCAGUGCUAACUACACUAUUGAUGGACUAAUGUUACAGCAGACCAGCGGUGCUCACUAUGGCCCCGGAGAGCUACAGUACAGGGUGUGCAGACUUUUGUUCCCGCCUAGCACUAACACACCUCCAAUCAAGAUGAUUAGUAGAAUCCGGUUAGUCGCUGUUGAGCUGGAACAAUACAGCCUGUUAUGCAGGACCAGGAGAGAAGAUCUCUGGAUUAUUCCAGUAUUACUGUCCAGUAUUAUUGUCUUGUUGCCAGCACUUGUUUAGGGCAGAGCCAUGUAUUUACAUAUAUAUAUGGCUCUGGUUUAGGGCUAUUGUUACAAGGAAAUUAACAUGUUACACAGUCUGACUGUUGUCCAUUUGCUGCAGAGAAAUUAUGACACUUUUUAGAGUGUACAAUGAAUGAUGUUUGUUUUUUAACGAUUUUUUAGUUUUCCAUUUUUAAAGAUAACAUGAAUGCUUUAUAUGAAUUAAUUAAGUGCCCUUUUUCCUGAAUUGAUGAUUUUAAUACAGUUAAAUUAUUACAUGUAUGUAUGGAUGAAUACUUAAAACGUAAUAUAUUCUUAAUGAGGUGUGAGUUGGCUAUAUAGCCUGGGUUCCAGUCUGAUAUAUUCUUAAUGAGGUGUGAGUUGGCUAUAUAGCCUGGGUUCCAGUCUGAUAUAUUCUUAAUGAGGUGUGAGUUGGCUAUAUGGCCUGGGUUCCAGUCUGAUAUAUUCUUAAUGAGGUGUGAGUUGGCUAUAUAGCCUGGGUUCCAGUCUGAUAUAUUCUUAAUGAGGUGUGAGUUGGCUAUAUGGCCUGGGUUCCAGUCUGAUAUAUUCUUAAUGAGGUGUGAGUUGGCUAUAUGGCCUGGGUUCCAGUCUGAUAUAUUCUUAAUGAGGUGUGAGUUGGCUAUAUGGCCUGGGUUCCAGUCUGAUAUAUUCUUAAUGAGGUGUGAGUUGGCUAUAUAGCCUGGGUUCCAGUCUGAUAUAUUCUUAAUAAGGUGUGAGUUGGCUAUAUAGCCUGGGUUCCAGUCUGAUAUAUUCUUAAUGAGGUGUGAGUUGGCUAUAUAGGCUGGGUGCCAAUCAGUUUCUGCUUUAACCAAUCCCUACUCUCUCUUACAGCAGAAACAGACUGGUAUGGUACCCAAGCACAUAUGAAUUGUGAUUGGAGUUAUCUAACGGACCUACAGAUGUGGGACCAGGCUAGAGAUUUAUGGAUUGAGUAAUAUUGAUGUAUGAUUGUAGCACAAUGUUCCUCCAAUCAAAUGUGAACAGCUUUAGAAGUGUGUUCUAAUGUAAUCAUGUGUUUCUAAUGAGUUGUAGGUUAUGUGUGUAUGAUUGAUGUAUGAUUGGGACCAGAGGAGGCUGGUGAGGAGAGGACGGCUCAUAAUAAUGGAUGGAAUGGUAACAAACACAUGGAAAAUCAGGUGUUUGUGUUAAAUACCAUUCCAUUUAUUCCAUUCCAGCCAUUACUACAGCCUUAUAAUAACGCUGAAUAGGUUGCUUUAUGUUUUAAUGGACUCCCCUGAUCUAUCCUCUGUGCAUUGUAAUACAUACUGCAGCUGCCAUUCCAUUAAAGUGGUACCACUGGACCAGAGAGAUUGACUGAU